CCAAAUUCACCAAACACUAUAAAAAUCAUGAUCUCUCUUUCUUUAUCCAUCAAACCCAUCUCUAAUUCCUUCAAUUUCACUCCUAAUUCGGAUAAUUUCAAUUUAAAUCACUUAACCCACUUCCAAAAAUGGAUUCUUUUUCAACUUUUUAUGAAGACUACUUUUCCAGUUCCGAGAGUAGUAAUUGCCGCCGCCCCUUUUAUUUGGAUGAGGAGAUUAUGCUGGCGGAGAGUAAUCCCAAGAAGAGGGCUGGCAGGAAGAAGUUUAAGGAGACAAGGCAUCCGGUUUACAGAGGAGUCAGGAGGAGGAACUCCGGCAAGUGGGUCUGUGAAGUGAGAGAGCCCAAUAAGAAGUCAAGGAUUUGGCUUGGCACUUUUCCCACCGCGGAGAUGGCGGCUCGGGCUCACGACGUCGCUGCCCUCGCGCUUAGAGGUCUCACUGCUUGUCUCAAUUUCGCCGAUUCUGCCUGGCGGCUUCCUGUGCCGGCGUCUGCUGACGCCAGAGAUAUCCAGAAGGCGGCAGCGGAGGCGGCGGAGGCAUUCCGGCCGGUUGAGUCAGAUAGGUCUUCGGUUGAUGACUCAAGGACGGAAAAUUGGAUGACGGCGGAGACGACGCCGGAAAACGUGUUUUACAUGGAUGAGGAAGCAGUUUUUGGAAUGCCGGGACUGUUGGAGGAUAUGGCUGCGGGGAUGAUGUUGCCUCCACCUCAGCAUUUUCGUGAUGACAUGGAUUUUUAUUCUGACGUGUCAUUAUGGAGUUAUUAACGAUCAUUAUUAGUCUUUACAUUUACAUUCAAUUUAUGUACAUGUACAUAGAAAUUAUAACAUAAAAAGAGUGUUUUUAAGGUAUUGAUUUUCACAUAGUUAGUAGCUUAGAAUGUGCGGUUGAUUGUAGCAAAAGUGAUACAGUGAAAACCGAGUAUUUUCCCCCACUUAA